AUGGCGGAGUUGCUGUUGGACUCGGAUAUCCGAAUUUGGGUGUUUUUGCCCAUUGUAUUAAUCACAUUCUUCACUGGAAUCAUAAAGCACUACGUAACAAUACUUUUGUCUUCGGAAAAGAAGACGGAAUUGCAACAAGUAACUGAUAGUCACGUACUAAUAAGGAGCAAGAUCCUAAGAGAAAAUGGGAAAUUCAUAACAAAACAGGGAUUUUUAAUGAGGAAGAGCUUUUUCAAUGCAGAAAAUAGUGGUUAUUUCAAAACAGAAAAGAGGGAAUCAAAUACCAAAAACCCAAUGACAGACCCAUCUAUGAUGACAGACAUGCUGAAGGGCAAUGUUACCAAUGUUUUACCAAUGAUAAUUAUCGGAGGCUGGAUUAACUGGGCGUUCUCAGGGUUUUUGACAACCAAAGUUCCUUUCCCCCUGACUCUACGAUUUAAGCCCAUGUUACAGCGAGGAGUGGAGCUGGUAUCACUAGACGCUUCAUGGGUUAGCUCGGCUUCCUGGUAUUUCCUGAAUGUCUUUGGAUUGAGGAGCUUCUAUACACUUAUACUGGGCCAGGAUAAUUCGGCUGAUCAGACCAAAUCCAUGCAGGAGCAGAUGUCAGGGGCGGGAAUGAUGACACCCCCUGAUCCAAUGAAAGCCUUUAAAGCUGAGUGGGAGGCGCUAGAAGUGUGCAACCACCAAUGGUGUCUUCAAGGGGUGGAGGAAGAUAUGAUUGAUGGGCCAGUGCAACCAGAGACCAUAUAUAUCAAAAAUAAAUAUGCAUGAUAAUAAGUGCAUCUAGUCUCCCUCAUGUUUAAGAACAAAUAACAAAUGAAUUAUUUGAUGUAAGUUUGUUAGUCUGUAUUUUUAUUGUUGUGUGUACUGCCAUUUGAUAUGAGAAUACAUUACCUUUUUUAGAUGUAUACACAUACUAUCAGAAACAUUUUGGAAACACAAUUUUUAGAUCUCAGUCAUGAUAGUUGUAAAUGAAAUAUCACACCUGUACAAAGUACAAACCAGGACACUUACUGUACUCCAUAUUUUCUGGAUUAGAUUUUCUCAGUUCAUUCAUUAUUAACAACAGGUAGGAUUUAGGACACAGAGUAUAAAGUAAUGCGUUGGCUGUACCCUGUGUGCGAGACACUGCUGAGCUCUGUAUGUGCGAUGAUUUGUAGAAUUUUAUUGUCAUGAAUGGAGUAAUAUAAUGGAUAAACAGAUGGAUGUUUUUUUUAUGCAGAAUUUAAUAACUGUAUGGAAUUACAAAACUGAUUAAUAAACCCUGACAAGAGUUUUAGAAUUC